AUGAUCAUCACUUGCUUCCUAAACUAUCUAAUUUUGGGGAUUCUGGUGAUCUUCUCCCCGCCUGCCAAUGGAUCUUUCAACGCAGCUGUCAACAACACCUUGAUGAAUCUCGAAUACAAUUGCCUUUUGCGGAGGAAGAUGUUUUUGCAUGGUGGACGGGAUGUGGAUUGGAGGGCAUCACCUUGGGUGGCCUUACUCUAUCUGCCAGAUGACCUCAACCAAUGUCGCUGUGGUGCCACUCUGGUCACUCCAAGAUUUGUUCUAACCGCUGCACACUGCUUGGAGAUGUGUCCAAGAAGAAAUGAGUUAAGAGUUUGCUUUGGAGCUAGCCUGAUAACCUCAUCGAGCAGCUGCCUGAAGAACUUCGGAAUCGAGCAACGCGUUGUGCACGAAGAAUUCAGCUGGAGCGAGCAGGUGAAUGAUAUUGCUCUGCUUAAACUCGACGGGAUCGUGAAUAGCAAAGGACCAAUCGAGCCGGUUUGUCUGCCUAUAAGCAGCGCAUUGAAUGACUUCUACGCAGUUCCGGAGGUAACCUUUAUGGCCUAUGGCUGGGGAACCACUGAGCUUAGAGUUCACUCUAGGACCCUUCAGAUGAUCAUAGUAAAGGAGACGCCGUGCGCUUAUGACACCGAUGGAAUGUACUUCUGCACCAGCAGCCACAUCGUGGACUCGUGCCAAGGAGAUUCUGGUGGUCCGUUGGUCGUGGACCGGACACAGUUUGGUAUCAUAGCCCACGGUAGAUAUCCUGGUGCAUGUGGAGUGGCGGGCGGCGCCUUCAACACAAAUGUCUCCUACUUCAUGCCAUGGAUCGUCGACAAGCUGUCCAUCCAUUGGUGAUUGAUGACUACAGAGAUUACAGGUUGCCUCUAACCUUAGAAUUUUAAUAAAGAUUAUUCUUAAUAAAAA